GACUUCUUUUUCUCAGACUUGAAUAUUUUUUGCUCUCACAGCCAGUUGCUGUUUACUGGAGGUAACCUGAAAUGUGCUUCUUAGCACUUAACUGUCGGAAAGUUGCAUAAUUACGAGCUGAAUCGGUCACUAAAAAGGGCCCCUUGUUUAGUUUCAGUUAUUUGGUUUACACGCUAUUUUGCAUGCGUGCCGACUUUUUAUCUUAUUGUUUUUUCUCUCUUUUUCUCUUUCUUCUUUCUAGCUUCUAGACUCUGUUGUGACUUAAAAGUGCCUUAGCAGUGAAGCAGUUAUAAUUGCAUUGCAUCGCUGGUCAGCUAUAAACCGUGUGUGAGAGGGUGAAAUGAAGGGGAAGUUUUCUUGUGUAAUCGGUAGUGGGUAAAAGUGCACCUGAGUCUGUUAGCCAUGGUCAUUUUUGAAUGUGUUUGCUUUUUGGUAAACAACCUUAUCUCUGUAAACAGUUUACUGCUGCAUAUAAUCAGGCCUAAAUAGCUUGAUAUUAUCUACUGUGUUUUAUAAGCUCACAAAUGUGCAAUUUAAGGGAUCUUAAAUUUCAGCAUCAUGAGGAGGAAAAUAGACGGUUUACCUCAUUAUGUAAGGACCAAGCCACAGCAUGGCAUCCUGGAGAAAUUCUUGCAGUAUUAAUGCGGCGGAUUCGGCAGCUGAAUAUGCUGCCAUUGAAUCCGAAAUCUACCGAAGCCUGCUAACCAUUAUGAGAGAAAUGGCCAUUGAGCAACCGGCUGUCAACAAAGGAAUGCUUAGAUGGACAUUACAUAAGAAAGUGCAGGACAGUCCUCUCAGGAGUCUGGCUUUGGUAGUGGCCGUCAAGGAACUAGAAAGAGCUGAAAGAACUGACUGCAAGCAACAACUCAUUCCUCUGCUUAAUACACUUAUAUAUGCUGUGAUGCAGACAGUGCACAUACCCGAUGACCUCUAUAAAAGAGUUUAUGACUUCUGCAAGAGGUUGUUGACUCUGCCUCAGCCGUACUGCACUGUGGGUCUCAGUUAUGCUGGCCAAAUGAAAGCAGAACGACUUGCUCCAGGCCUUUUGUAUCAGAAAAUGAUCAUUGCAGAACAAAGUCUGAAAAAUGAACACUAUCCUCAGCAGGAGAGGGUAUUUGUGUUUGCGGAUCCUGCAGUAUUUUCCGAGUCUCUCAGCACUGUCCUGCAGGCUGACAUUGAGUCUCAAGGAAUGUUCCGGAACCCGUUGAGCUUGAUGCGCUGUGUAGUGCAGCACAGUCUUCAGGCGGCACUGGGAGACGAUUGUCACGGACCCUCUCUCAAUGAUGCUUUGCAGGAUAUGGACUUGGAUGUUGAGUCGUACUUUAAUGAAGUGCUCGCAACAGUAGACCAGAGCACAGAUAGUAACAGAGGGGAUCGAGGUCAGACCAGACAGAAACUACAAGAGAUAUACUUUCAGAUCCUCCGUGACGCCAAGAAAGGUCUAUUGUCCAGCGGCUCCCUGUGCGAUGUUCCGCUUCCCAAUCCGGAGAUGAGUUUCCAUCUGUGGUGGGAGGACGAGGAGCUCUGUAAAGAACUGGCCAAAUUCAUCCGUUCCGCGUUCAGUGAAAGCCUGAUGAGUUCAGAGGACUUUUAUGUGUCUGACUUACCCACAGACCUCAACUCAGACAUGCCACGGUACUCUGUCAUGUCCACGGACAGUGGUAUAGAGCGUGACAUGCAGGCUACUGAAGCCUCUGACAUGGAAUGUCCUGGAGGAAGAUCCUUAAAGCCUGAAAUUACUAGCGGCCGACUGUCACGGCGUGGAGGAAUUAAGGUGAAGCCAUCUGUCACCGACAGCAUGGCUCUGAUGCAGGACGUACUGGAGGAGACAGGAACCGCUGGCUGCAGUGGCACAUUGCAGAGGAGAGCAGGAAAUAGUAGCACCACCUUGCCCAAGGAAGAACGGGACUACACUGCUAAAAUAGUGCUGAUGGGAGAUGACCGGGCGGUGGGAAGACUAGCCAGGGCAUACUACUGGUUAAGGAAACGGGAAGCCAGGAGAAGAUUCCUCACUAUGAAAGUCAACCUACAGAUGUACUACAUCCCUGUUGUCCGCCAGUCGUCUGCAGCCUCUCCUGUGAAGGAAAAUGUGCCCUCUAUAAGCAACAACAUCUGUGCUCUGGGCUCUUAUCUUGGAAUGGUGGAUCCGUGGUACGACUGCAAUGUUUGUAGUCUUGGACAGAUGAUUCCUGAUCUUGCAAGAACGUCCAGCACUGGCAAACCACAGGAGUCUGACCUUUUCUUAGCUGACGUCAUCUCGUAUUAUGUGCGCAUGGGACAGCAGCCAGUGCACUUCAACAUUUACUACAUUAAGAUUUACUUUUCCAACAAGUCCAAAGAACCUGUGGAAGAAGUGUUUGUCACAGACCUGGAAGUGGAUUUUCCAGAGUUCAAAAAGGCCCAAGAAACUGUCAAACAGAAGAAGAUGCCUGCUGAGCUGUGUGGAGCAUUGGUAUCGUUUAGCUACUUGAAAGUGUCGCUAAGCAACAGGGAGGUUGAGAGAGGGUUCUCACUCAGAACCACAGGUGCCCAGAUUUCAGCACUACCACAAAACAAAACUGAAGAUCUUAACUGUCUCACGGUCGCUUUCAGUGACAUAAAGCCAAAGAGCAUCACGGAGACGAAGAUCAGAACAUGCCAUUUUAAAUUGAAGUCACCAGAAAAAGCAACUUUCACAGUACGUCUGGACAAAGACUUUCGAAGGAAAUUUAUGAACGUUGAGAGCAUUGAGGUCGCUCCAUGUCGAGACCCUGGGUAUUACGUUCAGAAAUCCUUGAAGUCAAAGUUCAUGCCAGAAGGUGGCAGCAACGCAGGACUGAGCAAAUACAUGAGCACUGGAUUGACUCUGCCCAUUAACACAUUUGCUGGAAUAAUCGACUAAGCGAACAAGGACUGGGAUGGAGGCUGCUUUCUCUCGACAUAAAGGCCAGUUCUGGACUCUUGCAGUAUAGUGUUUUGUGUUUUAAACAAUGC